AUGGCCCGCGGCCGAAAAUUCUUCCCCUCCCACAAGUUCAUCAUCAGCUGCGGCACCGUCACAGUCGACAUGCGCGCACGGCGUGUAUUGCUGAUUUUCAACAAGCGGCACCGUAUCUAUCAGCUCCCCAAGGGCCGCAAGGACAUCGGUGAGGACCUUCUCGCGGCAGCUCUGCGCGAGACGCGAGAAGAGACGGGCGUGGUGGCAAGGGCGGUCACCUUGCGGCUCAGAACGAGGGCCACGCCCACGGGCGGCCCGCCAGGGGCGCCGGAGGUGUCGGAGGAGGUUGCCGACACGGAGCCCGUGGCUGUGUGUCACUACCCAGACCCGGCUUCCGGCGCCAUGAAGAUGGUGUUCUACUUCGUGGCGGAGGGGAGCUGUGAUCUUGCACAGGGGGGGUGGACCGGGGAGGACCGGGUCAAGUUCGAUGUUGUCUGGGUCGACGUCGCGGCGGCGGCGGAUAAGUUGGCGUUCAAGGAAGACGGCAUGGUUGUCGAUAAGGCGUUGGAGGAUCUCAGGGCGUCUGGAUAUGAUGUUUGA